UCCGUCCGCUUGCUGCAGUCUGACAGAGCACCGGCAGACUAGGGUUUGGAUUGCUAAUGCGUAGAAUGGCAUGGCCUCUCGUGCCCUAUCCCCGAGCUCCGCGCCCGGCCCCCCUUUCCUCACUUAUCUGCACCGCCCUCCGUUCCUCUUCUUGAUGCUCUCGGCUGUGCGUCGCCGACUGCUGCUGAUUCCUCAUAACAGACAAGCACCGUUUGCGAGACCCCUCCAUUCGACGUCAAUUGUCAGCAUGCCGUCCCAGCGCGUCAAGGUGGCCGAUGCCUCAUCUGCACCCAAAUCGGGCCAACACAAAGCCUACACCUUUGCCGGUGAAGGCGACGAUGCGGUCCAAGUCCUCGUUUCCAACGUCUCGGGCAAGAUGUAUGCAACGUCUGCAAAGUGCACCCACUACGGUGCUCCCCUGGCCAACGGUGUCCUGACCGGGUCCGGCAAGCUCAUCUGCCCUUGGCACGGCGCCUGCUUCGACGCCAAGUCGGGCGACAUCGAGGAUGCUCCUGCGCUCGACAACCUGCUUUCGCUCAAGCUCGACAUUGACGAGUCCAAUGGCGACGUCUACGUUGAGGGAGAUCCUGAGAAGCUCAAGGGCAAGCCAGGACAGGCGCCCACAUGUCAGAAGGCGACACAGAAGGGCGGCAAGGGCCUCGUCAUUGUUGGUGGAGGCAGUGCAGCCAUUAAUGCCGCCGAGAGCAGCAGAAAGAACGGCUACACUGGACCGAUCACGAUCCUCUCGGCGGAGAAGCACGCACCCAUUGACCGGACCAAGUUGUCCAAGGGCCUCGUGAGCGACGCAGACGCCGUCGUCUGGCGUUCUCCCUCGCACCUCGGCUCGGUCCUCAAAGUCGACCUCAAGCAGGACACGGCCGUGACAAAGGUCGAUGUGCAAGCCAAAAAGGUACACUUUGGCUCUGAAUCCGUCGACUACGACACGCUCAUCCUGGCUACGGGCGGUCAGGCCAAGCGGCUGCCCAUCGCCGGCGCAAAGGAGGGCGAGCUGAAGAAUGUGUUCACGCUGCGCGGCGUCGGUGAUGUGGGCGCUGUCCUCAGCGCAGCCGGAGACAAGGGCGACAAGGAUGUUGUCGUCGUCGGCACCUCUUUUAUCGGCAUGGAGGUCGCCGUGGCUUUGGCCGGACAGAAAAAGGCAAAGAGCGUCAAGGUUAUCGGCAUGGAGGAGGUUCCCUUUGAGAAAGUGCUUGGCAAGGAGGUCGGCGAGGGACUCAUGAAUGCCCAGAUCAAGAACAACGGCAUCAAGUUCUACAAUCAAGCUGGCGUUGAGCGACUUGAGGGAGAAGGAGGUACGGUGAAGUCGGUCGUCAUCAAGGAUUCGAAGGGUCAAGAGGUCAGUCUCGACGCGCAGAUCGUCGUUCUGGGUGUCGGCGUUGCUCCGGCGACCAGCUUCCUGAAGGACUCGCCCGGCUUCCCCGACUUGCUCAAGGACGGCAGCAUUGCCGUCGACGAGCAUCUCCGUGUCAAGGGCGUCAAAGACGUGUUUGCAUGCGGCGACAUUGCCACGGUCCCUGCCCGCGAUCCCUCGGCGGGCACGGUGCGCAUCGAGCAUUGGAACGUUGCAGCUAACCAUGGCCGAUCGGUUGGUGCCCUGCUCGCUUCCAAGCAGGCCAGCCCGGUGCCUUUCCAGAAGCUGCCCAUCUUCUGGUCCGCCCUCGGCAGCCAGCUUCGCUACGUCUCGGAUGGCAACCCGCCUGGCUUUGACGAAUGCUACGUAGAUGGCAAGCCAGAGGAGCUCAAGUUUGCCGCCUUCUAUGCCAAAAAGGGCAAGGUCAAUGCUGUGGCGACCAUGGGCGUGGACCCGCUCAUGGUGCACAGCGCCGAGCUGAUGCGCACGGACCGAAUGCCUUCGCUGGAGUCAAUCAAGAAAGGCCAAGAUCCGCUCAGCGUAUCCCUCGCCUAGUCCAGCAACAUUGUAGGCUGAGC